GUAUUGUGGUGCUAUAAGGUUUCCAAGUGAAGGUCCUGGGUUUUGUUGCAUGCAAGGAAAAGUUAAUUUAGUGAAUACACCAGUUCCCGAUGAUUUGCAACGCCUGUUUACAAGCCAGACGGAUAGGGAUGCCUUGUACUUCGGAAAAAAUAUUCGGUAUUUCAACUCUCAGUUCUCGUUCACAAGCUUUGGAGCUACCGUGGAUCAUCGGGUCGCUACUGCAGUUGGUACUGGUGUCUAUACUUUCAAAGUGCAUGGUCAGAUUUAUCACAGAUUGGACCAGCUGAGAUCGGGAAAAGAUGGUCCGCGUCAUAUGCAGUUGUACUUCUAUGACACGGAUGAGACCCUAUCACAAAGACGCAAAAGAUCACCCCAUCUUGAUUCAGGAUUAAUUCGGACGAUUCUUCGAACCCUCGAGAAUAAUCCGUAUGUUCGUUUCUUUAGGAGUGUUGGACAAAUGCAAUAUCUUGACGAGUUAAAAAUUGAAUUGAACACCAGUAUUUCUGUUGAUCAAAGAAGAUACAACGCACCUGCUAUGGAUCAAGUUGCGGCUAUCUGGCAGGAUGGCUCUGAUGAAAGAAAUAAAUUUAAACGGAGUAUUAUGGUUUAUCCAAAUUCUGGUCAUCCAGAAUUUAUACGGGCGUACCAUGGUUGUUACGAUCCAUUAGCUUACCCUAUCCUCUAUCCCGGUGGUGAGACUGGCUGGGAAGACAAAAGUAUAUUGCUGGAGGAAAUACCAAUAAUACGCUUUCCCCGAAUUAGAAGAAAGUAUACAAAGCGCAAAAAUGAUGCUCCUUAUAAUUGUGAGCAUGAGGAAGAAGACGACCGUGACAACAACAUGGCUGAGGAUGGUGAUGGAGAUGGCGGGGGUUCGUGUUUGCAUGUCAGUGCGAGGGAGUAUUACUGCUAUAUUAUGCAGAUCCGCAAUGAUGUUUUUAAUAUAUUCUUUCAUGAUGGAAGGAUUUUUCAGCAAUGGAUAGUGGAUAUGUAUGUGAAAAUUGAGAGUAUGCGACUUGAUUGGUACUCCUAUCCAGAACACCAGAAAAUUAUAAGGGCAGACCUCUAUCAGGGUCUAAUGGACACCCUUCUUGCCGGUGAGCAUAGGGGUUUGAAGGCCGGUAAAUUGGUUGUUUUAUCUAACAAUUUUCCUGGAAGUGAUAGAGAUGUGCAGUGCAGGUUCAUGGAUGCAAUGUCAUUAGUUGCUAAAUAUGGAAGGCCAGAUUACUUUUUAACCAUGACUUGCAACCCCUACUGGCCAGAGAUCACAGAACUGUUGUUGCCUGGUCAGACACCUCAAGAUAGACUUGAUAUCGUGGCGAGGGUUUACCAUGCCAAACUCAUUGAUUUUCAUGAUUUUGUGAUUAAGAAGGGUCACUUUGGAAAGGUUGCAGCCUGGGCACAUGUUACCGAGUUUCAAAAAAGAGGUUUGCCGCAUGAACAUUUCUUGCUUAUAAUGGAAAGCGGUUCAAAGCUUAGCGGGCCAGAUGAUUUUGACAAAUAUAUAUCAGCAGAACUACCGGAUGAAAAGAAAUAUCCUCUUAUCAAUGAACUUGUAUGCAAGCACAUGAUGCAUGGUCCUUGUGGCAUUCUAAAUAAAAAGUGUGGUUGCAUGCAAGAUGGUGCAUGUCGUUUCAGGUACCCUAAACAAUUCAGUGAGACCACGGAACAAGGAAAUGAUGCAUAUUCUAUAUACAGAAGAAGAAAUGAUGGUCACAAAGUUUUUAUGCGUAAGAAAUGGUUGGAUAAUAGAUGGGUUGUACCAUAUAAUCCAGCACUCCUGAUGAGAUAUAAUUGUCACAUCAAUGUUGAAGUUUCCAGCAGCAUUAAAUGUUGCAAGUAUCUAUAUAAGUAUGUAUACAAGGGCAUGGAUUGUGCAUCAUUUACAGUUGCAAAUCAUGAUCAGAAUGGAGAGAUAGAGAUCAAUGAGAUUAAACAGUACAGGAAGGCACGGUGUAUUACGUCUAUUGAAGUAGUAUAUCGGCUCUAUAGGUUCCCAAUGUUUUCUAUGUAUCCUCCCAUUUUGCAGAUGCAAGUUCAUCUUCCAAGUAUGCAUAUGGUACCAUUCAAAGAUGACGACAACCUUGAAGAUGUACUAGAAUGAGCUAGGAAUCAGAGAUCGAUGCUAAUAGAAUUCUUUAGAAUGAAUAGUGAAGAUCCAAAUGCCCGGAGAUACCUAUACAGGGAAUUUCCAGAACAUUAUACAUGGAACAAGUCCACAAAAAGUUGGUCUCGUCGGAAAAGGCAGUCCAGAUUGGAAGGUUGGUGUAUGCAUACCCGUCUGAAGGCGAACGAUUUUAUCUUCGAGUUCUUUUAAACCAUGUUCGAGAUCCAACAUCAUUCAUAUCAAUCAGAACAGUCCGAGGUGUGGUGAGUCCUACAUUUAGAGAGUGCUGUGAGAAACUUGGACUUGUCGAAACAGAUAGCUCACUUGACAAUGCACUCAGCGAAGCCGUAACUUUUCAGAUGCCACGUGUUCUUAGAAGAAUGUUUGCAACUAUUAUGGUUUAUUGCGAGUACACAAACAUCCGUACCCUCUGGGACAAGCAUUAUGAAUCAAUGGCUGAGGACUAUCGUCAUGUUCAUGGUAAUUCUUUAAUAGUUGAGCAGUUUGUCCUUCGAGACAUUGCAGAUAUUCUCUCCUCGAUGGGUAAAGACAUUAGAAAUUACGGACUGCCAUCCAUGCAACUAUCUGGGGAGACGAAUAGAGAUUAUUGUAGGGAUCUAACUGAGGAGAGGAAAAUCGUUGUAUCUGAUGAGGACAUUAAAUUAGCUGAGUCACUUAAUGCUGAGCAGAUGGAAGGUUUCAAUGAAAUUUUAGAUCAUGUUAUGACAAAUAGAGGGAAAGUUUUCUUUGUAGAUGGUCCCGGUGGUCCCGGAAAGACUUAUCUUUACAAGACACUUUUGGCCAGAGUUCGGUCGACGGACCGCAUCGCAAUAGCUACGGCUACGUCUGGAAUUGCAGCAUCCAUCAUGCCUGGAGGUCGGACAGCACAUUCGAGGUUCAAAAUUCCCAUAAAACUUGAAGAUAAUUCUGUGUGCAACUUUACCAAACAAAGUGGUACUGCAGAACUAUUGCGUGAGGCAUCUUUAAUUAUAUGGGAUGAGGUUGCGAUGACAUGAAGGCAGGCUGUAGAGACACUUGACAGAUCUUUACAGGAUAUUACAGGAUGUGAUUUACCGUUUGUUGGUAAAGUAAUGGUAUUUGGAGGGGAUUUCAGACAAGUUCUACCUGUUGUUCCUAGAGGUACUAGAGCACAAAUUUGUGAUGCUACCUUACUUCAAUCCUAUAUAUGGGAUGAUAUCAAGAUAAUACGAUUGAAGCAGAACAUGAGGGCCCAGAAUGAUGUAUGGUUCUUGCAGUUUCUAUUAAGAAUUGGUGAUGGGACAGAAAAAACCUUUGCACAUGACUAUGUGGAUCUGCCGGAUGACAUUAUGCUUGAGUAUAAUGAUGAUCAGUCUGUUGAUACUCUCAUCGACCAUGUGUUUCCAGAUCUAGCUAAGAAUUGCACAUCCGUCAGUUACAUGUGCGAGCGUGCUAUAUUGUCAACAAGAAAUGAGUAUGUUGAUAGCCUCAACGCGAUGAUGAUUGGAAAGUUUCCUGGAAACGAAAAGGUUUACUACAGUCAUGAUUCCGUAGAUGAUGACUCAACUAAUAACUAUCCUCUUGAUUUUCUGAACUCAAUUACUCCAAAUGGUCUUCCUCCGCACGAGCUUAAAAUUAAGAAGAACUGUCAUGUCAUACUCCUUCGAAAUCUGGAUCCUCAUCAUGGACUGUGCAAUGGAACUCGACUUAUAGUGAAGGUUUUUGAGGAUAAUGCAAUUGAUUGUGAAAUUGUAAAUGGACAGCAUGCUGGAAAUCGAGUUUUUAUACUAAGGAUACCAUUGUCUCCAUCAGAGGAUAUUUCACUACCUUUCAAGUUUAAGAGAAAACAAUUUCCAAUAAGACUCAGUUUUGCAAUGACUAUAAAUAAAGCCCAGGGUCAAACUGUCCCGAAUAUUGGGAUAUAUCUUCCAGAGCCUAUUUUCUCUCAUGGACAACUAUAUGUUGCUUUAUCCAGAGGUGUUUCGCGUUCUACUACAUGGAUGUUGGCUAAACCUAACAAAGAUUUGGAUCCCACAGGUAGAAGGACAAAAAAUAUUGUUUUCAGAGAUAUUUUGCAGAAUUGAAUAAACAACCAUUCAUUUUCCGAGUCAGUUGGAGUCCCUAAGAUGUGAAAGGCGUUGGGAAUUCUCGGCUAUAGUGGAUAGGGCACAUUAGUGCCAAUUUCAACCUUCAAAUAUAUUUGACAAGGGGGCUUAACGAGCCAACAUCCUUGAGCAUGGCGUCCCUCUCCUGUUGGCAACACUUUCAGCUUCUGAUUUUAAAAGAUGCAAAUGUGCUUUCGUGAGAUAGAAGUAGAUUGCCAAGUCGUGUGAUCUGAGACAUUGGGAAUGCCCAAAUAAUUAUAUUUUUCCCUAAUUUUUAUAAUAUUAUCAUGUUUUGAUGGAGUUU